AUGGCUGAAUCAGGUCUGUCGUCGCGGCUCGCUAAGCUCAAUCCGUUCACUAGCUCGCGCCGGGGCGAUGACGACGAGGAGUACGGCGAGGAGGUCGGCAGCGGCAGCAUCGCCGGCGGCGGCCACGGCUCGCGCGAGUCGGAGAUCACCAGGAGCCAGCUGCGCGUGAGCCACGCGCUGCGCUCGUUCCUCGUCAACGUGGGCGCGCUGUCCGAGCGCGAGGCCGCGCUCGACGACCCGGAGGAGCAGACCCCGGCCGUGCGCGAGCUCGCCAAGCUGCCGCACAUCAGGGUGCCGCCCAGCGUCACCGACCGCUCGCGCCCGCUGCCCGAGUACUUUGUCAGCUCGUCGCACAACACGUACCUCAUGGCGCACCAGCUGUACGGCACCUCGGCGGCCAGCGCCUACGACACGACGCUCCGGGCCGGGGCGCGGUGCAUCGAGAUCGACGCCUGGGACAAUAGCGAGAACGCGGACGAGCCCAAGGUGACGCACGGGUACACCCUCGUCUCUCACAUCCCGUUCCGGGCCGUCUGCGAGACCAUCCGCGACGUGGUGGACAAGGAGGCCGCCGAGGCCGUCGAUGCUCAGGGCUACCGUGCCGCGCCGAUUCUUGUGUCUCUCGAGAAUCACUGCAAGCCUGAGGGCCAGCUCCGUCUCGUUCAGAUCAUGAGGGAGACCUGGGGCGACCGGCUGCUCAGCAGACACGUUCGGGAGAAAGGUCACGAGGAGGAGCAUGGCACGGGCGAGCAUGUCACGCUGGACGAGCUCGGGUCCAAGAUCGCCGUCAUUGUCGAGUACCACAUUCCGAACGAGCUCAGGCAGGAUGAUGGCACCAGCUCCGUCUCGAGCUCGGACGCCGAGGAUGAGGAGGCGGAGAAGGCCCGAAGGGAGUACAAGGCCCAGAAGGAGGCCGCCGAGAGCGCCGUCAUCAUUCCCGAGCUCGCCGAGCUUGGUGUCUAUGCUCAGUCCGUGAAGCCCGGCGACGAUUCGUGGUAUGCGCAAGCCAAGAUGACCAACGGUCCGCACCACCACCUCAUCAACUUGUCCGAGUCUGGCCUCUCUGGGCUUCUGCCGACCCACGCCGAGAAGAUCUCCAACCACAACGCGCACCAUCUCAUGCGGGUCUACCCAAAGGGCACGCGCAUCUCGUCAAAGAACCUCAACCCGGUACCGUUCUGGGCGGUGGGCGCCCACGUCUGCGCCCUGAACUGGCAGACCUUCAACGCCAGCAUGCAGCUCAACGAGGCCCUCUUCUCCGGCUCCGACGGCUACGUCCUCAAGCCCGCCGAGCUACGGGCCGGCGGCUCGGGCGCGCUCUCCGGCCAGCGCAAGCGCCUCCGCCUGCACGUCGCCGGCGCCUCGAGCGUGCCCCUCCCCGCGGGCCGCGAGGCCGACGACAUCAAGCCGUACCUGACCUGCACGCUCGUGCACCCCAAGAUGCUCGACGGCGAGGACUACUCCAACAUCUCGGCCAUGAAGCGCAAGACGUCGCCCUACCGCCACCACAACUUCUCCGGGUUCCUGCACCGCGGCGAGAACCCGCCGGCCACGGACCCGGUGUGGGACGAGACGCUCGAGUGGGACUACGAGGACAGCGAGCUCGUCUUCCUGCGCCUGCUGGUCAAGAGCGACGACAGCUUCGCGCGCAACCCCAAGUUCGCCGUCGCGGCGGUGCGGCUCAUGUACACGCAGCCCGAGUGGCGGUUCAUCCGCAUGCUGGACCUCAAGGGCCGCGAGACAAAGUGCUCGCUCUUGGUCAAGUUUGAGAUUCAAGAUGCCCCCAGGCAUGUAGUCUUGGGUAGUUAA